AUGAAUGAAAUUAUGUGGUUUGGCUUGCGAUUUUGUGCAAAUUUUGGCGCAAAUCCUCUUCCUUUGCAAAAAAAUGCAUGGGGGACUGUCGAGAGAGGUUUUCACACUCUCACAUCUCUCUCCAUUAAAAAAAUGACCACCACGACCGGGACGAUGAUGACAGCAAACACGCGAGCGAUGCAAUCGUCGUCGCGCGGUGUGUGCUCGACAUCAUCAUCAUCAUCAUCAUCAUCAUCACGGUUCUGUUCUUCUUCUUACUCUCGAGCCUUUCUCUCGUCGUCGUUAAAGAGAAGAACACAAAGGAGAAGAAGAGGAAACAACAAUUACGAGAAAGAUGACAAAGUCACUCUUUUUUUCGCCGCCUCUCUAACGAACACAAUUUCAUCAACACGAAGAAGACAAAGAAGACAAAGGGAAAGAGAAGAAGGAGGACAAAUUCGAGAAAGAAUAAUAGCGCGCGAAGCACCAGCAGACGCAACCUCUGACGAUAUGUAUUCCAUGGAUACCAUUUUGGAUGAUUCUUCCUCGUCUUCUUCUUCGAGUAAGGGAGGGACGGAGAUUAUGAAAGGUGGAAAGAACGCGCCGCGGACGUUACUCCCGGGAGUACCCGUCCUGGCCGAAGAAGACUCGUGGUUGACGAAACUGAUCACGUUAUGCGUCGGCGCUUUUUCGUUUUAUGCCGCUUUUUUAGCCAUAAACACGAGAGAGACGGCGGAAAUAACGGGCGCUAUCGUCGCGCAGUUUAUAUUCGAGGCUUUUGGACGAUUUCUCGGUUUGACGCCGGCGCCGAGUCCGGAUAAAAUUAUUCGAGUGUAUUUAGAAGACGCGGCGUUAUUGUUCUUUCUCGGGUCGAUUUUACGAUUAUCUCUGUUCAGCGGGUUCUUUCGUUUCAGCGAAAGAGUUCAGGAGAUUAUUAAAGAUAUCGCAGGUUCGGUGGAGAGAGGUUUGUUGAUAGCUUCCGGGAGCAGAGGGAUUGGCGCGUUAUUGAUUGGAUCUGCUGUAUUUGAAGUCGCUCGAAUUAUUUACGCGGUGCAAGCGAUUACGUAUUUGUGUAUUUUGAGCGGCCUGGUCGCGGCGACGUUUUCGUGGGAGAAGAAGUUUUUCUCGAGCGCGUGGAGUAGGUUGGAGAAGAGCGGAGCGGCGCCGGCAACUUUAGCGAGAGUGAACGGGGCGGAGAGAGUGACGGAAAUUAUCACCUGGGUCGUGACGGCAAUCUUUUGUUUCAAAGCAAUAGGAUUGAACUUGGGCGCAUUAGUUACUGUCGGGGGCGUUUCCGGUAUUGCCAUCGGUUUGGCGUCCAAACAGGUAUUAGAAAAUGCUCUUAUGGGCGUCUUAUUGUACACAACGACCCCAUUUAUAAUUGGCGAUACGGUUAAAAUUCCAAGAGAAGGGAAGGAGUUGAACUACGCGGAGGGUCAAAUCAUUGAUAUUGGUUUGUUUCGCACGGCUAUUAAAACUUUAGAGAGAGAAGUUAUAUUACUUCCAAACUCUGAACUCGGUGCAAUGUCAAUCAUCAACGUCACUCGACGAGGAAGAGAGUUUAGAUUCAACGAGAAAAUGACAGUCAGAUUAAAAGACGCGAGUCAACUCUCCAAAUUGCUGUCAACGUUUAGAACGAUGAUCAAAAACGAUCCGCGAGUGUUGAAAACGCUACACAGGCGCGUUUUUAUAGAAGAAGUGACGCCGGAUGGAAUCAUGUUGGAGUUUUCGUUCUACGUCGAAGCCAUUAAUAAAGACCAGUUCCUCGGUAUUCGUUCUGAGUUGUGGUUAUCGUUCGUCCAAGCCAUGAAAAAGGCUAAAAUUCAAUUGGCAAGACCUGAGCGCGUACAGAUCGAAGCUCCUUACGACUAUUUGACGAUGGAUGACCCGAACGAUAAGUUGACCGCGAUGGAAGAGGAACUUACGCCCUGA